UGGUGCAGGUAUUUCUGAGCACAGUGUGCAGCUCUUGUUCCUUCAUGGUGAAAGUGCAUAGCUAAUGGUGAAGAGUACGUUUACUUUUGGAGCAACUUCCAUAACUGUCCUAUUUAAAGAGAUGAUGUGUGAGAUAUUGCAAACCUCCACUAUGACAGCCACUGCUCUGCGGUCCUUUGAUGCGUGCCAUGUUGACUCAGUGAUGCUUUAAUCAUCGCUAUGGUCAUUUACCGGUUCUGCAGCACGUACCCCAGGCCUGCCCUUGGGUGCUGAGCCAUGCGCUGAUGCUGCAGGUCCCUCGAGCUUUGCUGCUGAUUUUCUCACGUUUUAUAUAUGAAAAAAGUCGAUCAAUUUCGCAGCGUUUUCUACCCACGUGGCGAGGCACAGCCGCGGAAGGGCGUUCCUUCCGGGGCCGCCAAUCAGCGCGCCGGUUGCCCUUCGCACGGGCCAAUCAGCGCCCAGGGGACGCACAUUUAAACACCGGUCCCGGGAGCUCGCACCCUCUUCAGUCUGACAGCCGGGGGGGCGGGUCGUAGUUCUGCGCACCAAUCGGCGGCGCGGAAGCUGUUAUCCGACACCCGGUUCAGCCAAUGGGGGUGCGGCAGGCAGCGCGGCGUCUCCCCGCGGGGCGGUUGGCGGCGGCGGGGGAGCUCCCGGGGUCGGUGCCGGGGGAGCCGCGCCGCGGGGGCUCCUGGGCGCCGCGCCGCCGCCGAAAUGGCUAAAGGCAGGAACAUGCCCAAGGCCAGGGCGGGCGGCGCGGAGAAGGCGAGCCCCGAGAGCGCCGAGAGGAAGAGCCCCGGCCGCUCCCGGGCCGGUGGGGAGAAUGUGUUUACUGGUCAAUCCAAAAUCUACAGCUACCUGAAUCCCAACAAAUCUCCUGGUGCUCGCUCCCCGCUUCAAGAAGAAAACUCUGUCAUGUAUCACGAAGUGAAAUGUCAGGGCAAAGCACUAACUGAAACCAACAGGAAAGGAGAUGAAAAAAAGAACAGUGGCAAUAUAAUUGAAGGUGCUACGAAACCAGAAGAUCAGAAAGAUAAAGAAAGUGGGUGCAAUACUUCAGUGGUCUCUUCUGAUCAAAAAAACCAAGGAACUGUUGAAGCUGAGAAGACACUCCUGCCCUCAGACUGUGCUGGUGAGGCCAGUGCAAAGCCAGCUCAGAAGAAGAUGGUUAAAGCAAAACGUGGACCAAGAAGGAAAACACAAGGGAGAGCACCAAAUCGAAAAGUGACAGACUAUUACCCAGUUAGAAGAAGUUCCAGGAAGAGCAAAUCUGAACUGGAGACUGAGGAAAGGAGGAAAAUCGAUGAACUAAUUACAAGUGGGAAAGAAGAAGGAAUGAAGAUUGAUUACAUUGAUGGCAAAGGGAGAGGAGUAAUUGCUACUAAACAUUUUAAUCGUGGAGAAUUUGUAGUUGAAUAUCAUGGAGAUCUCAUAGAGAUCACUGAUGCUAAAAAGCGGGAGGCUGUGUAUGCUCAAGAUCCAUCCACAGGCUGCUAUAUGUACUAUUUUCAGUACCUCAGCAAAACGUACUGUGUUGAUGCUACAAAAGAAACUAAUCGUCUGGGAAGACUGAUUAAUCACAGCAAAUGUGGCAAUUGUCAAACAAAACUUCAUGACAUUGAUGGUGUGCCUCAUCUCAUAUUGAUAGCUUCCAGAGACAUUAAAGCAGGUGAAGAACUGUUGUAUGACUAUGGAGACAGAAGCAAAGCUUCCAUUGAAGCUCAUCCAUGGCUAAAACACUAAUUCUUCAUCUUUUGGGUGUGGUUUUAGGUUGUUUUUUUUGGGGGGGGCAAGGGGGGUGGUGGAGACUGAGUGCUCUGCAAGGAGUUGGUGGAUUUUUUCCUCCAUCCUCACUUCCCUCAGCUUUCUUAGUGAACUGCUUAUGGUGUUCUGAGCUCCUUGAAAACUACAUUUUUACUUUGCAGUAUUGGAAUUCCUAUUACAGAUUUCCAAGCAGGCUCAAGUUUUCUCUUAGAUUGUCAAAACUUCUGUAUUGCAAAAGGAAGCCCUCUCUAAAAAACAGAACCCUCCUGCAUAGUGACCACUGCCACCUGAGCAUGGAAGGACUUGCACAGAUUGGAAUUUAGUCAUUUGGAUUGUGCUUCUGCUUCUGCAGUGAAAUCUUAUACUCCAUUUUUUGGGGUGGUGAACUUGACAUUAGCUUUAUGACAGCAAACAUGCUUUUUAUACGCUGACACCUAUAUCAAUGGCUUGACUACUUGUUAGACUUCUUGCAAAGAUUUUUUUUUUAAUGGAUGCUAUUGUUUCUAUCUUUCUCAAAUAACUUGUGGUAGGGUUCUUUUUUUCCCAGUGUGGUAUCUCAUUAGUAAUUAACUUUAAAUGCACUUGUGCUGAGGGAAAUGGAUGGUCAUACUGGCUUUUUUCAGAGAAAUAACUCCAAGACAAACAUAAAUGGAUUUUGAUAGGCUGGGUUGAUACUGAUUAAAAACGUAGGAAUUUAACUUUACAAGAGAAUCAACGUUGGACACAACUUCCUAAAAUUUGGGAUGGUAUCUUUUUAUAGUUGAUGACUGAUUCUUGGAGGUGAUGAUUCCUAGAGGGUUUUAAAGAAGCAAAACAAAAGAAAAAAACUCUCUGAAAAUUUUAUUACCUUCCUAUGCUAUUUAUAGCUCCAUCAAAAGUUAUUUAUUUACUGUGAAUGCUUGAAGUAGAGCAUAGUGGUUCUGUAAGUCAUCUUUAUAUGCAGCUUCAAAUGGUGAUGAUGGUGUUUGUGCAAUGAAGAAAGUAUAUUCCUUAUUGCCUGGUCCUGUAGGUCUGUCCAGCAUGGUCUGGACCCACUGUCUUAAAUGGGAGCUGUGUGCUUAGCAUCUUGCAGAUGUUUUUAACAUCACUGUUUGAGAACCAAAUCUGUCAUGUAGGCAGGCAAUAUACAAUACAGGUCCUUUAUGUUAAAGAUGAGUUCUUACCAAUUAGAAUUUUUUGCCAAGGCAGGCUUGGCAUGUGUUUAGAUGAAGAUGGCUGUGAGCCAUUGGUCGUGCUUGCUGCUGGAAGAUGUCAGCAAGGGAUCUGUGGCUCUGCUUGUCUUUUUUUCCUCCAUGUCUUGAAGGCUGCAGCUGCUUCAGCUAAUGCCCUCUAGGACACGCUUGCCUGUGUGAUAGGUCGGAUAGCAACAUCAUGGUUGUAUGCUCCAGCAGCAAGAGAGGUGGUGAAGUGAUGUAUUUUUUAAAUGAAAAACUUGAAGACAAUGUCUCUGUAAAAUAAAGAAUAUAUUUAUUA